AUGGAAAACGUGGGAUCACCCUCCCCCUCCGCCGCCGACAAUGGUACGCCGAUGCAACCAACCUCCUCCUCGACUCCUCCGGUGCCGUCAUUUCCAGCUCCCCUCGACACUACCGGUGUCCUUCUCGUCAGUCCAACUGAAAGGCGGAAACGCGGAAGGCCGAGGAAGCAUGCUACGGAGAGUUCCGUGAGCCCUGGGAUGACUGCUCCUUCAACGUCUCAGGUCGCCGGCAGUGGACUUUCGUCUCCUACUGCAGAUGUAGCGAGCCCUGGGAUGACUACUCCUUCACCGUCUAAGGUCGGCGGCGGUGGACUUUCGUCUCCGGCAGAUGAAGCGGCGGUUUCUGCUGUGCCUGUGAAAAGGGGUAGGGGAAGACCGCCUGGUUCUAAAAGCAAGCAGAAAAGUGUUGGUUCGGGAUCAAAACCAGCAGCGCUUGGACCUAUACAAUCACACGUGAUCAAGAUAGAAGCUGGGGAGGAUGUAUUGGCCAAAAUAAUGUCAUUCUGCAAAAGUACCUCAAAAUCAGUGUGCCUUCUGUCAGCCAAUGGUUCCAUAUCUAAAGUAUUACUUCGCCAAACAAGUGCAAUUGAAACAUAUGAGGGACUGUUCCAGAUCAUUAAUCUGUCUGGUUCCUUCUUUGUCUUGGAAUCUGGUGGUGAAUGCAGCACAGAAGGUGGCUUGACUGUGCUAUUUGGUGGUGAAGCAGAUGGUAAUAUUUGGGGGGGCAGUGUGGCAGGGCUCCUUACAGCAGCAACUGCUGUUCAGGUUAUUGUUGGUAUCUUCAGCACACAGAAACAGACGCCGCUGAAGUCAGACACACUAGCUUCUGGAGCAUCAGCAUCCAGAAGUGCGAUGUCAGUAAGUGGGCCUGAUAGUCCGCCUGAUGAAACUAGGAAGAAGAGAAGCUCUCCUGGAGUUAAGGGUCAGCUGCCCUGGAAAUGAAAGAACCUUUUAAAAAGAAUGCUUCUCUUGUUGAUAAUACCUUCCCUCAACCCUUGCUUGGAAAAGGAAUGUUUCUCUUGUUAUGUUUCAUGUUGAUAAUACCUGUGUGAUGUGAGAAUGGAUUCUGCAGCUUAGCAAUUCAUGUUCGUUUGAUAUUGCCCUUAUUUUUGAGCAAUUUGGAUACUUUAGGUCCAUUGCUGGGCAGUUAUCUUUUUUGUGCAAAUAUGGCAUCCUUUUUCAGAUUUAUGCACAGAA